GAGGGAGACGGACACGGCGCGGGGGAACCGGAGGAACCGGAGGAUUCGGGAUUGAUUUCGGGAUUUUUAUCUUUUGAAGGACUCGCUGCUGCUGCGCGUGUGUGUUCGGCAGUUGGAGUGUAUGUGUGUCUCCCCCUGUUGGCCAUGCUGAGUGUGUGCACCGCGCUGCUGCUGGCAGCAAUCACUGCUGUGUGUUCCACAGACUCGGACCCUCACACACACCGGCACCGACACGACUCCAACCUGGAAAUCUAUAAGCGUCUGUUUGAGACGAAGAGGAAGGAUCAGCUAAACGCUCUGAAGAACCUGGUGGAGCUUAAUGACGUCAACCAGCAGUACAAGAUCAUUGACAUCAUGCUGAAGGGACUUUUCAAAGUAUUGGAGGAUUCUAGAGCUGUUCUGGUAGCUGCUAACAUGCAGCCGGAUGAUCCUUUCCCACUAGAUGACAAAAUUAAAGAGGCAUACUCCCAUGUGGUGGAGAACACAGCGUUUUUUGGUGACGUUGCAUUGCGGUUCCCGCGGAUCGUCCAUCAUUAUUAUGACCGUAAUGCAGAGUGGAGUGGGCUGCUGCGCUGGGGGCUGAGGUUCUGUAACCUAACCGGAGUGUUUACAGAGGGACCUCACCAACACGUCCUCACACUGAUGUCUCAGGAGUUGGGGAUCACAGAGAAGUCUCCUGACUUUAUAAACCCAUACCGCACAGAGAGAGAUGAUGUGCUCCACACCGCAGAGGCCUUCCAGAAGCUUCUGCGUGAAGAGCAGAAGAGAAGGAGGAAAGAAGAGAAGAGGAAAGAGAUGCGGAAAGGCCCCCGCAUUUCCCGCUCUCGCACUGAACUAUAGCGCCACCAUCUGGUCAAUUACUGAGACUGAGUAAGAGAGGGAGCGUGAGAGUGAGGAAGAGAGAAAAACGAGAGAUCACACAGAGAUCUCUCAGCUAAAGCUACUUAAGGGGUUGAUGGUCAUAAACAGGAGAGGUCAGGUAGGGGUCAGCAGGAGAGCGAAAGAAUAAAAAAACGAAAAAGUCAAACGAUGGACGUCCAUCAUAAAGAGAAACAGGCACAUGUCUGCUGCUUCAGGAGGUUUCCAAAAACGGACUUCUGCAUCUGCAGGUUUUCAUUCCAACAUGCAUUCAGCUGCAACGGCGUGUCUUCACUGUUUUUAUACAAUUUCACUUUAAUGUUAAUAGUGAAACAAAUAUAAAUAAUAUUAAACAAUUCAUCAAACUUUACUAAAUCUCAGAUAUUAUACAUAUAGAAUUAAAUAAUUUAAUGUUGACUGCUGUGUUUUUACAGACAGUCAUGUUCAUUUUGAUGGCUUGAUUUAAUCUGUGUUAUUAUUGAUGGUUAGGAUGGUAAAACUGCGUUUUUGGGAGAGGGCUUACAGUGUGUUUAGACAUUAAAUAAUUAAAUAUUUACAUCUGUGAAUAGGCUCAUUAUGUUGUGAAUCUAAGAACAUGUAUGUGUAUCUUCCGUGCACUGCUUAUGCACUGUUUGUGCAUUGAUGCUGUGCAGACAGGUUGUGUGUGUGUGUGUGUGUGUGUGUGGGUGUGUGUGUCUGAAGGCAAGAAUCUCAUUCUUUGUUAAAUAUGAAGGCUUUAGCUGGUAUAUCUCAUCUGGUAUAAGUAAUUGAUGACCUAGGAAAAUCAAUGAGAAUAAAGAUUUUUUGUUGCAUUCCUUCUAAUGUCCAUUAGGUGACACUAUUGCAGAUGUUUAUCAAACUGCUGCCGUGACCUAUAUUUACAUGAAUUGAGUGCUGAUAUACUUCAGUUCAAUUAAAGAAGAAUUACAUCAAUUUUGUUUCUAAAUUUAAAAUGUUGCAAUUAAAUCUUUAAGAUGUAAAGAAAGUCAAUCAGAGUGGUUUUAUGUGAAACAUUGUGUUCCAGACAAACAGUGGUGAGACGAAGCAGAUCCUGUUUUAUGGUAGUUCCGAGAUGUGGUUGGUAUUUUUUAAAAUACAUUCCUGGCAGAUCAUUCAUUAAAAAAUUUAAAUAAAUAAAUACUUCUUGUGGA